GUGACAAGUGAAUUUCCCCAGGUGGGUCAACUCCACCGCAGGCCACAGAGGGGCCUCCUCAUUCCAGCGAUGCGUCCAGGCCCACAGACUCACACAGCCUAGGAGGAGGAGAGAAGGCGGGAUCAGCUUUUCUCUAAGCUGCUGCGAGUAAGUACGAGGAAGGAGGACCGGGAGGGAGGAGGUCUCCGUUGCAGCCAUGCUGAAUCACUGUUGCUGACCAGAAUCCCUCACCCCGGGCUGCUGGGAGAACCCCGAGAGCAGCGCUCGCUCCUGGGUGCAUGCACAGUUUGGCGGCUACUAACCCCGCCGGGCCUCCCACAAUGGAGGGCGAAAGCGUCAAGCUGAGCCCUCAGUCCACGGUUCAGGCCCAGGCCCAGGAUGAUGAGGAGAGCCGGAGGACGGUCACUGUCAACCCUGCCCACAUGGGAAAGGCCUUCAAGGUCAUGAAUGAGCUUCGAAGUAAGCAGCUGCUGUGUGACGUGAUGAUUGUGGCAGAAGACGUGGAGAUAGAAGCCCACCGUGUGGUCCUGGCGGCCUGCAGCCCUUACUUCUGUGCGAUGUUUACAGGUGACAUGUCUGAGAGUAAAGCCAAGAAGAUUGAAAUCAAGGACGUGGAUGGGCAGACUCUCAGUAAGCUGAUUGAUUACAUCUACACGGCAGAAAUCGAGGUGACCGAAGAGAACGUGCAGGUGCUGCUCCCAGCAGCCAGCUUGUUGCAGCUCAUGGACGUUCGGCAGAACUGCUGUGACUUUCUGCAGUCCCAGCUGCACCCCACCAACUGCCUGGGCAUCCGCGCGUUCGCAGACGUGCACACUUGCACCGACCUCCUGCAGCAGGCCAACGCCUACGCAGAGCAGCACUUCCCGGAGGUGAUGCUGGGGGAAGAGUUUCUGAGCUUAAGUCUGGACCAGGUGUGCAGCUUGAUAUCCAGUGACAAGCUGACUGUCUCUUCAGAAGAGAAGGUGUUUGAAGCUGUGAUUUCAUGGAUCAAUUAUGAGAAGGAGACUCGCUUAGACCACAUGGCAAAGCUGAUGGAGCAUGUCCGACUCCCUCUCUUACCUAGGGAUUACCUAGUUCAGACAGUCGAGGAGGAGGCUCUGAUAAAGAAUAAUAAUACCUGUAAGGAUUUCCUCAUCGAAGCCAUGAAGUACCAUCUCCUACCCCUUGACCAAAGGCUCUUGAUCAAGAACCCUAGGACCAAGCCCCGGACUCCGGUCAGCCUGCCCAAGGUCAUGAUUGUGGUUGGUGGCCAGGCGCCUAAGGCGAUCCGCAGCGUGGAGUGCUAUGACUUUGAGGAGGGCCGCUGGGACCAGAUAGCUGAGCUUCCUUCCAGGAGAUGCAGAGCAGGUGUGGUGUUCAUGGCUGGCCACGUAUAUGCCGUGGGCGGCUUUAACGGUUCUCUGCGGGUGCGGACGGUGGAUGUGUAUGACAGCGUGAGGGACCAGUGGACGUCCAUUGCCAGCAUGCAGGAGCGCCGGAGCACGCUGGGUGCGGCCGUGCUCAAUGACCUCCUCUACGCAGUCGGAGGCUUUGACGGCAGCACCGGUCUGGCGUCAGUAGAAGCCUACAGCUACAAGACAAAUGAGUGGUUCUUCGUGGCCCCAAUGAACACACGGCGGAGCAGCGUGGGAGUGGGUGUUGUGGAGGGGAAGCUGUAUGCUGUCGGGGGUUACGAUGGGGCUUCCAGGCAGUGCCUGAGCACUGUGGAGCAGUACAACCCAGCCACCAACGAGUGGAUAUAUGUGGCAGACAUGAGCACCCGACGCAGUGGCGCUGGCGUUGGGGUGCUCAGUGGACAGCUGUAUGCCACCGGGGGCCAUGACGGACCCUUGGUGAGGAAGAGUGUCGAGGUUUACGAUCCCGGGACAAACACCUGGAAGCAGGUGGCAGACAUGAACAUGUGCCGGCGUAACGCAGGGGUCUGUGCGGUGAAUGGGCUCCUGUAUGUGGUUGGAGGGGAUGAUGGGUCCUGCAACCUGGCUUCCGUGGAGUACUACAACCCGGUCACUGACAAGUGGACGCUGCUGCCAGCCAACAUGAGCACCGGAAGGAGCUACGCAGGUGUGGCUGUGAUUCACAGAUCCUUGUGACCCAGACUCCCACUGCCAGGAGGUGGAAGAAGGAGCGGGCACUACCUGUGACAGGAGCACCGAGCGGCGGGCCCAUGACAACUGAUGAGAUUAACUGGGAGGCUCUGCAGUGAUUUGAGAACCGCCCUUGCUGUCUUAGCAGGCCAGCCUUGUCCCUCUCAGUGUGGACACUGAUGGUCCACCUUCUGCUCUGAGGUGCUUUGGUUUCUGCCCUAAGCAGUUGUGUUUCUUACAGCCCCACAAAAACUCCUUGGGCUUUUUGCAUGUGUGUAUGGGUGUGUGUGUCCGUGUGCGCAUGUGUGUUUCUACAGGACAAUGGAGAGAACCUUGAAGUGUGUGUGUAUGUGUGUGUGUGCUUCUUCAGGACAAUGGAGAACCUUAAAGUGUGUGUGUGCGCACGCGCGUGCACACGCAUCCAUGCGUUUGUGUUUGUGUGUGUGGAGGAACCAUUUCAGUGAGGGUUGGGGCUGUAUGAGUGUCUACUGGAUUUCUUUACUACUGAUCUUUCACGAUGCUAAAACACCUACCAAUGUCUUCUGGACUUGUCCCAUGAGGACUCUCGACUACUGAAGCUGCUGCCUUUUGGGGUCCAGGCAGAACUAGGCAGAAGCAGCCCUUCAACCACGUCUGGGAAUCAUGUCUUGACUACUGCAGCCAGGUGGACUGCCUGCAUCCUCCAUGCACCUCUGGGGUGCAGCCUCAUCCGGCCAUUGCCAGUCACUCCCCCUCGGCUGCACUCUAGGAGGCGGAUGAGAACUGUUUUGUCUUCACGUCUUGGCCUCCAGCCUUUGAUGUCACGGAUUCCAGGUUUGGAAGAUUUUGUGUCUUUUCAGCAGGGAAAACAAACUCUUCAGAGAACCCCCAAGUAGAACUCUGGGGAGAAAUAGACAAGAAAAAGCAAAACAAAACCCAGAAAAACCAAAGUGGUAUGGAUUUGUUCCCACCCAGAGAGGUCUCAGACAGGGACCCUGCUUCUGAGUGUUCAGAGGGCACCAAUCCUAUUUCUUAUGCUUAAUAUGUAGGCUUACUUAUUCAUGGUAUCAGUUCUCAUGCGGAUGACAAGUAAAAGGUCACCCCGCCACUAAACCCAGAGAUAGGCUUGCCCCCGUGUUAGGUGGGGCCACAUGUAACUCAGAGGGACGUGAAUGGCUGGAUCUGGCCAUCGGCACUUUGUGAUGAUGGUCAGGGCUGUUUUUAUGUCUUCCCUUUCUCGUGCUUCAAGGUCCAUAUCUGUCCCUCAGCCUCCCCAACACCUCUUCUUAUUCUCCCCUUUGUAGAGGAGACAGUAGUGGGCCCAGGGCUGGAGAUAUUCCUCAAAGACACUUGUUUUUUUUAAAAAUGAAAGCUUUGCUCAGCCACAGAGAAGAAUGUCUCAGAGUGUAAUGUCAAGCCCCUGGGGUGGUGUUUGGAGGCGCAUGGAAGCGCACAGUAAGGGCUGGGGGGACGCGUUUGCUGCACAAACAUGAGUUUGGUCUCAGCACUGGUGUAAAAAAAAUCCAGCUACGGCAACAUGCCCCUGGAGUCUCAGAGCUGGGAAGGCGGAGAAAGGCUGGUAUCCCAGGCUUGGGGACAGCCAGCCUAGGCUAACCAGCAAGUCUCAGGACCCACGAAGAGUGUCUCAAAACAGGUUGUGUGGUUCCUGAGGACUGACAUCAAAGGCUGAUCUCGGGUCUCUGCACACACCCACUCUCCCCUUACACACAAAGAAUCUCAAAGUCGUUUGAACUCUCCCUAAGCUAGCAAAUUGCCUGUAUCAGGCUUUUUGCUCUCGGAGGAGGGGAGACUUUGUGUCUAGAGAGCAGUCUCACACCCAGGGCGUGGAGUUUUGGCCUCUUGAAGUCAGAAUCCAUGUAGAGGAGACCAUGGGACUUUAUGAACUCAAAUGCUGGACUUCUGCCACAAGUAGGCUCUUCAAAGCACAGCUACAGGGGGAUGGCACCUCCUGCCCUUUGUGUUCCGAAGCCGGCUUCUCCCAGCGAGGCAACCACUGCGUGUAUUUACUGAGCAUUUAGUGUGCGCUCUUCCACAAGAGUAAAACCUUCCUUUCUAAUGUUAAGCAGAAGUUAGGUGCCACAACACCCAGAUAGUAGCCUUAGGGAUAGUCAGUAGCUAGGAUACCCAACUUUGGAGGUUCCAGAAGAAAUGUCUCCCAAGGGAUACAAACAUUUCUUGGCAGAUGUCCUGGUUCCCAGGAAGUUCUGCCUGGUCCCCUGCUAGAAAGGGGGUAGAAUGCACCCCUGAUCCCCUUCCUCCCUCUCCAGGGAAUUCUGGGGACUUGUUUGAGGUGCGAGUGGUAAAGAUAAGGUUGGGGACCAGAGUCAGAUGUGCUGUUUGUACCAGCACUCCUUUUUUAGGUGAAAGGUAACCCCACCUCCUCCCCCACUCCCACCAAGAACUUAGACUUUUAUACUUAGGGGUCGAGAUGAGUCUCUUCCUGGAGAGAAUCCCUCCUUCCAUGGAAGCUGGCCAGCUGCGGUUUCUGCUGGAGUUUUCUCUGUUGGCGCCACCUUCCUCCCCCCUUCCUGCAGAGCGCAGCUUUUGCAGGCAAAGCUGCUAAGGGUUCCACUCAUUCCACCCUCGUGCGUCCUUUCUCCUGGGGACUAGAACACUGGUGCGUCAUCACCAAAAAGCCGGUCUGCCCUAGCUGCCCACAGAUGCCGCCCCGAGACUUGUGUCGCACCAUCCUCAGGCAUCAGGUCCAUGUCUCUCCACAGUGGGCAAUUCAGACUCACUUUCAAGUUGGUGUUAGUCACGUGGCGGGUAACGUCCCCUCUACCCUGCCAUUAGAGCAGCUGCCACUGCUAGUGAGCACAGCCGUGCCAGGGGCACAUCUAAAAUCUGACUGCAGUGGCCAAAUGGAAUGGAGACCCAAGGUCAGAAGCAGCUCAGACACCACUUGGAUGCUAAUUCGGACAAUGUAGAAGUCAGUUUCUGAAUCCCAAAGUUACUUCUCCUAAGUACCCAAUAGCCUCUUCAUCUAAAAACAUGGCAGUAUUAUGCAAAUGAAGUGACCUCAUUUUUCUGCUAUGCAAUAAGAAUUCUUAAUUCUAUCUCGUGACAAACCAGUUGCAAUAUCCCCUCAGAUGCUUUCUUCGAGCUGUUCUACUUUGAUAUCUGUUGUGUAAUGUUUGUAUAUCUCUGAGCCAGAUCCUUUCAAAGAUUGCCUUUUUAUUUUGUAAAAUCGAAGCUGCAGCUUUUUCAAGCUAAAGCUUUACUGUAGAUAUUUUUUAUAGAUAAUUUUUUCAUGAUAUUCGAAUCGCUUUCUAUUGUCCAAUAACGAGAUGCUAUUCCGUGUGUCGCUCACCCUGACAGUGUGCCCCUGUAGCUUUUCUUAUUUGGUUUCUCGCCUCUCGGACGCCUCCGUAGCUCCAGGUUCCUAGUGUUUUAGGGAGACCGUGGGAUUCCAAGGCACAGCCACGGGGCUCCACCUUUCAGUUUCUAGGGCUAAUGGUGAACUUAGCACUUGUCCGUCUAUAUCUCCUCCCUCUGUGUUUCUGAAUCUGCAGGGCUGGGGCUGGGUUGGCCCACACAGUGGUGGCCCUCAUCCCCUGGCACUGAGCCUGCCCUUUGGCCUACUAGGCUGCCCGGGCCCUGCAGGCCUUGCUUAUCCUCGACUGUCUCCUGGUUUUUGGAGGUUUCUAGUGCUCGAGGCCUCUGCGGCUGGGUCCUGUCUCUUCGGGAAGCUUGCGUUGUCUGUACUUAUUAAGAGGGAGUCCCUCAUGAGCUCUGGGAAGAAUGUGCUUUAACAGAAGCUCACACUGAUUUUUUUUUUUCCUGAGCUGUCUCCAUUCCAGGCUCUGUUUUGUGCAUUUAUCUGUACUAGGACUCUUGCUUCUCCUUUUUAAAAUCUUAAUUUAUUAUUUUUGGGAUAGGUGCCAUUUAAAAUGCCUCUAUGCUUCUUCCUGUUUGCACCUGGUUGGAUCGAGUUGGGAGGCUGAGCAAACUCAUUCAGCUGGACAGAGUGUCGAAGGCUCUGAUGCAUAGAAGCAAGGAAGUCAGAGUGGUUUCAGUAGGGUUCCCCCCCCCCAUGUGUGUGUGUUUGCACUACUUAGGCCCCCCCAUGUUCAGUUAUAUUGUUUAUCUACUGACCAAGCAGAGAAUCCAGCAGCACUUCCAACAUAGGGGGACAGAAGAGGCUUCUUCUGUGUGGGCAAUCACAGCCUUAGAGGCCCUGCGCAGCCUUUACCACGGGAUUCAGCGACUCCUGGAUGUAGUGGCAACCACGGCAGGAAUGCAUGGGGCUGUGGCAUUUGCAGGGAUAAAUGGGCCCUGUGCUGUUCUUGCCUUCGGUUAUUAGAUUGUAAAUGAUUUCCCUCUUUUGGUGGUAAUAAAGGACCUUGGUUGGACUUCUUGUUUAAUUUGUAUAUGAUGUGUAAAAUACUUUCUUUGAAAGAAAACUCAAGACACAGACUGUGUAUAUCUGUGUGGAUGUCCUGGCCUGAGCUUGAUAUGAGUCACUGGCACAGGCCCAUGGUCUGAUUUACUGUUUUCUGCAUGAAUGUCAGGGACUGAAUAUCUCGUAAAAGAACACUGGUCACGUGAUCAAAACAGCGAAAGCCGAGAAACAUUCCCCCAAAUGUCUUACUUUAAUAGGGUCCCAUUCCAGUUCCCCACAUUGUACAACUGUA